GUCGAGCUUGAUCUGUAAACUUUUGUCCACUUAUUGUCUGCCACGUACUCAGGACUCCCAUCUUCUAUUUCUCUUCAGCUGUACGUGGCAAGAGAAUCAUACGCCCAAAAAGCUGUUUUGAGUAUGGUCACAUUCGCAGCAUGGCGUUAUACAGGCAAAACAGUCUCGGAAUUCAGUGGCUUAACAGUUGGAAUGCACUGUUUGAAGAUCAGUCGAUUGUCCGUGAAAUGAAUUUGUCCCUGGCGGAUUCCCGGUGGUGGAUCGGUGGUGAAGAGUUUAUUUGGUGAAAGCUCAGUACGGCAAAUAUCUUAAAAAGCGGCGCCAUUGGGGCGAUUCUCUGCUUGUAACUUGUCACUUAUCCUUAGAAACUUUACCGCCGUCUCCUGCACCGGCAACAUCUAUCAUAGUCCCAGUUAAGAAGAUUCUCCAUCAAUACCUACAACCCUCAACGCAGUGCUUCAUCCAAAGCAGCCCAAGAUGCCCACACUCUUCUCGAGUGUGAAGCUCGAGAAUGAUGCUUAUAAUAUCUUGAGUGAUGUAUUUGACUUUCCGAAUAAUGAGCAAAGACUUUGGUGGCAUUCCACGGCCCCAAUGUUUUCCAGUAUGCUCCAAACGGCCGGCUACGAUACACAUCUGCAAUACAGACAUCUUGGACACUUCAAGAAGCAUAUCAUCCCAUACUUAGGAGUUUACCCCGAUAAUGAGAAUGACCGGUGGCUUAGCAUUCUCACACGAUAUGGAACCCCUCUGGAGCUGAGCCUGAAUUGUUCCGAUUCACUUGUCCGAUACACAUAUGAACCUAUAGAUGAAAAGACGGGUACACCUGAAGACCCCUUCAAUACUCAUGCUAUUUGGAACGCUCUACGGAGUUUGAAGAAGGUCCAGCCAGAUUUAGACACUGAGUGGUUCAGUUACUUCAAGAAAGAGUUGACUCUGAAUUCCGAAGAAUCGGCUCACUUGAUGAACCAUGGUCUCGUGCAGGGUCAGAUCAGAACCCAGAACAAACUGGCAUUGGACCUGAAGGGAAGCAAGUCCAUGGUCAAAACCUAUAUUUACCCGGCUCUGAAGGCAUUGGCGACUGGCAAGUCGAUACAAACCCUCAUAUUUGAUUCUGUGGGGAAAAUGGCGGAGAAAUUCCCAACCAUUCAACCGGCGUUGGAGACGCUGGAAAGUUACGUCAAGUCAAGGACUGGGCCAUCAAGCACCGUUACCACACGUCUUUUCUCUUGUGACCUUGUGGAACCGGGUGUUUCUCGAAUCAAAAUAUACCUUUUGGAAAUGAUGGUGUCCCUAGAAUCGAUGAGAGACCUUUGGACCCUGGGGGGGCGUCGUAACGAUAAGUCUACCCAGGAAGGUUGGGAGAUGAUCGAAGAGCUUUGGGAACUCCUACAGAUUCCUCCUGGACUUCAAAAAUAUCCUGAACCAUAUUUACCUCUACACACCACACCAUGCGAGCAGCUCCCGACAAUGGCCAAUUACACACUUCACCAUGGGGAAUCGAUGCCUGAGCCUCAAGUCUACUUUACUGUCUUUGGCAUGAACGAUAUGGCGAUUUCCCAAGCUCUGACAACGUUCUUCCAGCGAAGAGGAUGGUCAGACAUGGCUCAAAAAUAUACGGACAGUCUCAGAUCAUACUAUCCUUACGAUGAUCUCAAGACAAUGAAUUGGUUGCACGCGUACAUUUCGUUUUCCUAUCGGAAAGGCAAACCGUACCUCAGUGUCUACCUACAAACCCUCGAGACCGGAGACUGGCCACUUCGUAAGUUUACAAAAUUCUAUUUGUAAAUAAUCUGAAAAGUCUAACUUCUCGUAGUCCAUCUGAAAUCGACAGGUGCUGCCUCGGAGUCAGCAAACGUGGUCGAUAUUCACUAGGAGCCCCUGAUAUUCUACUUGGAGUAUUCAUUUGAUAACAAGGGAGAUGUAUCAGUAGGGACCCUCAUUUUAAAUGCGCAAAGAGAAUUUUGCACUUCUCAUGUUUUAGUUUAUUAAAAACUUGGUGGCAUACAGUAUGAUCCGAGUGAAAUUAUGCUUGAUCAGUGAGUCUAAUCUUGCUUGAUGCCAUGUACGAAAUGCAAC